AGCCUUUCUAUUUCCUUCGUGUUCCUAAAGCUAGCUGCAGCCAUGAGCAUGCUCAGGCUCCAGAAGCGCUUGGCGUCCAGCGUCUUGCGCUGCGGCAAGAAGAAAGUGUGGCUGGACCCCAACGAGACCAAUGAGAUUGCCAACGCAAACUCUCGCCAGCAGAUCCGAAAACUGGUCAAGGAUGGAUUGAUCAUCAGAAAACCUGUGACGGUUCAUUCCCGUGCUCGCUGCCGCAAGAACACACUGGCACGCCGCAAGGGACGUCACAUGGGCUAUGGUAAGAGAAAGGGUACAGCCAAUGCCCGUAUGCCAGAGAAGCUGACAUGGAUGCGUCGCAUGAGAAUUCUGCGCCGUCUUCUCCGUCGCUACAGGGAGUCCAAGAAAAUUGACAGGCACAUGUACCACAGUCUCUACCUGAGGGCAAAGGGUAACGUCUUCAAAAACAAACGCAUCCUGAUGGAGCACAUCCACAAACUAAAGGCAGAUAAGGCUCGCAAGAAGCUUCUAUCUGACCAGGCUGAGGCUCGCCGUUCAAAGACAAAGGAGGCCCGCAAACGCAGAGAGGAGCGUCUCCUGGCCAAGAAAGAGGAGAUCAUCAAGAACCUGUCAAAGGAGGAGGAAACGGCAAAGAAGUGAAUCUAAAUUGACAUUUCUUCUCAGAUUCAGCAUUUUGUUGUUAAUAAAUUUGGUUAAAAGAA